AUGGUGCAAAGUGUGUCAUUGAGCACUCUAGCUACUUGUGGAAAGAGCUGGUUCUGUGGAUCAUCCUCAUCUUGGAUGGCACCCUUUGAGCCGUUCAAGAGAUCCCAAAUUACCUCUGCCUCUGACAGACACUUGGUUUGGAACCACUCUGUGCAGAGCUUUUUUUUAAUUGGGUACCCUUAUAUUUCAAGGCACAGUGGUUUUAAGGCUGAAGCAGCAUGGAUGUUUAGAGGGGGAGAACAAGGAUUGGAUGCAAGUUCAGAGCACAGUGAGAGUGCUAAUGAGGAUAUCUUGAUGUUCUUCUUUCAGCUAGACUUGACCACAAGAGUACAGUAUGCUUUAAAUAUGGAGCAGUAUGAUAUCGCACAGCAGCUGAGAAACAAACUUACUGAGGUUGAAGAAGAGGUAAUCAAGCAACAGCAGUCAAAAAGGGGAUUAUCUUCAAAAAGUGAAGCUCAAGAUAAAGGUCUAAGUAUAAUACGUCUUCGUUCAGACCUCCAGAAAGCCGUUGAGAAUGAGAAUUAUGCCUUAGCUGCAGAAUUACGUGAUGAAAUUUCCAAACUUGAAGCAGAGUCUCUAGCUGCAUCAGCUAAAGCUUUGGCUCAUGAAAAUGCACAAUAUACAUUUCGCUUGGGUCAGAAAGUGAGACAUAAAAAAUUUGGCUAUAGAGGUGUGAUCUGUGGAAUGGAUCCAGUAUGCAGUGAAUCAAGUUCAUGGAUGGACAAUGCACAAGUUAAGAAGUUGUCUCGUGGUUCCUCUCAACCAUUUUAUCAGGUUCUUGUUGAUGUACGUGCUGAACCAAAUCUAUUGGUGGCAUAUGUUCCAGAGGAGAAUCUUUUAACACCUGAUAAACCAGACAUGGGAAGAUUUGAUCAUCCCUAUAUCUCUUUUCUAUUCUAUGGAAUGGAUUCAGCUGGAGAUUUCAUCCCAAUUAAGCAACUACGGGAGAAGUACAAUAGACCAAGGCAUGAAAUACCCAGUGACCCACCAAAUGAUGAAUGA